CUUCUGAAUCUUCUUAUGCGUUAAUUUUAUUUAUUUCAGUCUAUGUUUAUUAACUUUUAAAUUUCUGACUUGUGCGUAAUAUUUCUAUUUCCUUCCACCUAUUACUCAAGAAAUGGUUAUGAUGGCAAAACCAAGUCCAAUUCAAGUCGGACGUGAAUUUGUACGACAAUAUUACACCCUGUUAAACAAAGCACCAGAAUUAUUAUACAGAUUCUACAGUAUGCACUCAUCCUAUGUCCAUGGAGGCAGAUACUGUAAUGGGGAACCAGAAAAGCCAGUCAUUGGUCAAAAUGAAAUCCACACCAAAAUUGACUCGCUUGAGUUCCGAGAUUGCCACACCAAGAUUCGACAAGUCGAUGCCCAUUCUACCAUCGGAAGCGGGAUUGUUGUCCAGGUUACUGGAGAACUUUCCAACAGUGGAAUGCCUCUGCGUCGAUUCAUGCAAACGUUCGUGCUUGCUCCUCAGGGGGACAAUCCUUACAAGUUUUAUGUCCACAAUGAUAUUUUCCGUUACCAAGAUGAAGUGUUUCAUGAUGAUCAACAAACUGAUCGAACAGAUGACGAAACAGUUCCUGGUCCUGAUUCAGAAGAAGAGAGUGAGGCCAUCGCUUCAGUCACGGCGUUCCAGGACACUUAUUAUAACCAAACCAACAAUGAGGAAAAUGUCAAUGGAUUGGAGCAACAGGUGAAGAACAUGAAAGUUGAAUCACCCGAGAUCGAACAACCAGUUAUUGAACCUUCACCAACUCCUUCACCUGUUCCUGAUGAAAGAGAGCCUACCCCACCCCCUACCACCAAUACACUUGACCCAUCCCCCGAACCCCCUCAAGAAGAGAUUUCCGAACCCCCACCCCCAUCCAAACCCUUCUCUUGGGCAGACCUUGCAUCAAAGAACACCCCAGCACGAAGCAACACACAGCAAGGAACAGUUGUUAAAGCCCCACCAAAGCCCGAGCCAGUUGAACCCGCUGAGUCAGCACCAAAACCUCCGCGUCAGCCUCGGCAGAAUCAACGCUUCACUGCACCCAAGGAAGAAGAACGAGCGUAUGGUGAUCGGAACGAUGCAAGAAGACCCAGAGACGCACCAAGUGGUGUGGUUCGUUACCCUGACAACCAGCAGAUCUUCGUUGGAAAUUUACCAAUUGACAUCAAGGAGGCAGAUUUAAAAAAUCAUUUUGCAGAAUUUGGAAAUGUACUUGAAGUGAGAAUCAACCACUCACAUUCUAACAACCCAAGCUUUGGAUUUGUCAUCUUUGAGAGUCCUAGUGCUGUUGAAAAAGUGCUGGAGAUUAUGCCGACACAAUACAAAAACAACCAGCGCAUUAACAUUGAGGAAAAAAAGCAACGUAAUGCGAGGGAUGCACGUCGUGGUGGGGAUCCACGCAGAGGUGCUGGGGACAACCGUGCUCGUCGUGGUGGUGGUGCGCCUCAGAUGAGGCGGGACAGACAAGGGUCUCGAGACGAUGGUCGCAAUUACAAUGCAAAUCGACGAUAAUAUUCAGCAAUUUUACUAUUUUAUACAAGCGAGUUCUCGUUGCAUGGUAUAACAGCUGAAUAAGAAGUUAUCUCUUAAGUUCAUUCAUUUCAGGCUUGCUCAGUACUCCCUUUCACACUGUACCACGCUUUUCCUUCCACAAUGGAUGUAACUAUCGUAUUUAUUCAAGACCCACCUUUUACCAAGCUGUAAAUCCGAUUCAAGCUUGUAAAAUGUCAAAAACAACGAUAGGAAAAUGUUAAAAACGUUAAUAAAGUAUCGCACUAACAUUUAUGUAAACAAUUCGAUUACUGUUAAAGAAAGAUCUCCAAUGAGUGUCUGUUGUUCUUUUGAGUCCUAAUAAAGGCAA